CGGAUUGGUUGUGGUUUGGCGUUUUCGCAGGUGGCUACACUGCUCAGUGUUUAUAACGGUUCUUCCGAGUUGCGUUCAAACACGACGAGCGACGACGAGCUUCGGAUGAUUAUUUUAUCUUGGCGUACUGUUCUCAAGUUUCGCGUUGUGCUUCUUUUGAAUUAUUUCAAGUUUACACCGUCAAAUUGAAUGAAAAGUGCAAUUGCAAUGAUCCUCAUGGAUUUACUUUCAAUUCAAGACUGUUUUCGUUGAUAAGAAUUAACAAUUUCUUUCAAGUUUAUGUUGUGUGAAACGAAUUUUGUUGUUGACAGCAGAAAGUUCUUUGCCGAGUCCAAAUCUCGAUGCAUGACUCGAAUUAUGUGUCAAGAAUCGAGCCCUGGAUUGACGGAAUUAUAGAUCCACUUAGUUUUACUGUAUAAUUCUUGUUAAUAUGGAUUUUCACAUUAGGAACAAUCAGUUUGAGGUUAAAUCGACAAAAAAGUAUGACUUGUCACUAAAGAGGACCAAGCAAGUAACACUGUCUUCAACAAAUGGAACUGAAAGAAAUUCAAGAAAACAGACAGCACCCAAGGAUACAUAUUCUGAGAAGGAGAGUUUAGAUUUAUCAGAAUCGCAGAACAUAGAACUGCGGGUGUCCGACAGCUUUCUAGUUGAGAACACUCAAGAAAAUGUUAGACGAAAUUUAGACCAAAAAGACGCAAAAGAGCAGGAAAUAAUUGUGAUAAGCGAUUCGAGUGACGAAGACAUUUCGUCUAAUCAUGGGUGGAGAAAAGAGGAACAAGGCGAAUCGCCAGCCGUACGCUCAAUUUCCAAGGUUUCAUUGCCGAAUAGCGAGCAAAAUAUUCCAAAAAAUAACUGGGGCUGGUGGCAAUCCGAAAAAACUCCGGACAAUGUAACUUUGCGAAAUCCAAUAAGAAAAUGUAGCAUGUAUACAUCGGACGAGACUGCGAGUGAACGGGAUUUUCAAAAUAUUACUAAUGAUGAAAAUUCUCCAAAAACUCCACUAUCAAUGGAGGGAAAAAUCAUUCCGGACAGCGAUGAGUCGAUUUUUAGCCACAAUAGAGUACGAAGCAUUUUGACUGAGAAUCAAUGCAAUAUUGAAACUCUCAGCAGCCUCGAUAUUUCGGAAAAACAUUCACCCAAAGAAUCUCCGGUCCGUAACGAUUAUCGAAAAAACUUUAUUACGAGGGAUAAAGAGAACUGCUCCACAAAUUGCGAUAACACCAAAAAAGCAGUCGAUGAUCGACGAAAAAUUCCGAAUUUUUCAAAAAAAUUUACAAAUCAAUCGGGGAGUUUAAAAGAAUUAAACGAAAUCGAUCGGAGGGUUGAGGAAUGGCGAAGCACUCCUGACUUCACAACAAACUCGAGAAGUGAAACAGGAAGUUCCAAAAGAUUGAACGAAAUCGACCGAAAAAUCGAAAAAUGGCGGAAGACACCAGACUAUUCAACAAUCACGCGAAACGAAACCGGCAGUCCCUCCAAACUCAAAGAAACGAACAAGCGAAACGAUGAUUUUCAGAGAACUCCAGAAUUUUCGAAAAGUCCGAAAAAUUAUGCGACAAGCUCGUCCUAUUCGAAAGAAAUUGCUAAGAGAUACGAAACAUCGAAAAUUUUGCAAGAAGAAAGUCAGCAUUCUGGAAACGUAAAAGAAGGCAACAAAAUAUUUGAACGCUGCGAAAAUAGUGGCGGCUCGUUGAAGAACUUGGGAAAGGCUACAGAAAAAACUCCGGACGUUCGAAAAACACCGAUUUCUGCACAAGCUCUGUCGAAAAGAGACGCUCGAAAAAUCCUUCGCAUUAUAGAAUCGAAGAGAGCGAUUUAUCAGUCGCCGCGAGAAUUCAAAAAAGUAUCUAGUUCAGAAGAGAGUGAUUCCGAGGACAGUUUUCAAGUUGAAAAACAGGAGGAUUUUCAAAAAGGAAACGCUGCGAAAGUUAUUUCGGAAACUGAGUCGGAAUCCGGAGAGAAAGUAAUUCGCGGUUCGAAGGUCGAUCUUUCGAAACCUUAUAAAACCCAUGUGACGAGGUUUCUCGAUCCCAGUCUAGAUUCUCCGGAUGGUAUGAGCGAGCGGAAAAAACGAGAAAUCGCUCAUUGGCUAUUGACGAACUCGGCGGACACGAGGAGCGAAACUUCGCUCAGUAAUAUUCCUCCGAGCGAUCAGAACAGUCCGAGCUCCGGAAACAGUAGCCUAGAACGCUUAGAAAUGAAUUACGAGACUCCAAACAAUCGAGACAAAUUACGAAAACCGCGAACUAACGAGACACCAAAAGUGAAGCAUAAAAGCCAGUGCGAUUCUGCAAAAUCUUGUCAAAAUGAUCGGUUGGGAACCGCCAAGCCGCGACAAAUUCCAAUCGAUACUUAUUUCAAAAAAAACAACGAAGGAAUCAAAAUGUUGACUCCUGUUUCAACGAAAAAAAAAACAAUGCACAAUGAAAAAUCGACCGAUAAUCUUGAAAUUGAAGAUUGCGUGGAUAUUCUGGAUAAUUUGUACGGAAAAACGUGGCGAGCCAAAGCCCACGAGAUUCUGCCUACUUCCGAACCGAGAAAAAAAAACAUCCCACUUCGUGACAAAGCUGUACAGACAGAGAGAAAGCCGAGAUCUAAAAAAGUGAUGAAUUCAGCGAACAGCAGCUCGCCAGAGGACAGUUUUCAUAAGUUUGUGAAGAAUCUAAAGCCGAAUUUGAAUUCAACGAGAAAAGCUGAAACGAAAACGAAAGAUCGUCGUAAAUGCACUUUUAUCAACGAUUCUUCAUCCGAGUCAGGAUCGUCACCGAAAAGUAGCGGUGAAACAACCUAUCUCACCGCAUUGACAAAUCCUCAAAUACAAAACGAACGAAAAAUUGAUAAUCGACCUGCACCGGGAGCCCUUCACAUACGAAGAGCAAUCGCAAUUUGCGAUUCGGACACAUCGGACGAGAGCGAUAAUCAAAAGGACAAUAGAAAAGUGUUGUCUUUCAGCGAUGAUGAGAAUUAUUCAUCCUCGAGCGAUGACAACUUUCCAAGUAUAUUACCAAAGACGUCGAAAAUCGUAAUGAAAUCCCGAAAAUUUCCAGUUUCCGUAUCAAAUACUAAACUUACGAAAACAAAACGCACUUUCCUCGAAUCGUUGUCCGCAAAGAUUCCUUUGACCGAAGCACAUCCUGAGGCGAAGAAAUAUCGUCAGGAUUACAAGAACACCAAAGAAGAGCUGUGCAAAUAUUUGUACAAAAUGUACAACGAUAAAAUUUUCGAUAAUAAAUUACCAAGCGAUAUGUCGAUCGAAUGGAAUGUUCGAAUGCGAGGAACCGCUGGAUUUUGCUACAACAAACGGUCUAUCAAAGCUCUCGGUGGUAUCGUACGAUCGUCACGAAUUGUUUUGGCCACCAAGAUUCUCGAUACCCCGGACAGACUAAGGGAUACCCUCGUCCAUGAAAUGUGUCAUGCAGCGGCGUGGUUGAUAAACGAUGUUUCGGAUGGCCAUGGACCAUUUUGGAAAGCUUGGGCUUCGAAAGCAAUGAAAUCAUUUCCGGAAUUACCGGAAAUAAAACGUUGCCACGAUUAUAAAGUAACGACGAAAUUUACGUACCGUUGUACCGGAUGCGGAUACAGCGUGGGUCGUCAUUCGAAGUCGUUGGAUGUGGAGAAAAAGCGUUGCGGUCACUGCUAUGGAAAAUUCGAGUUGUUGAUAAACAAAAUAACAAAAUCGGGCAAAGUCGAGACGAAGACACCAGUGUCAAAAAAACCCACGGGUUUCGCGUUGUUCGUCAAGGAAAAUUAUUCAAGCGUGAAGAAGGAUCUCAAAGGACCACACAAGGAAGUAAUGCAAAUAUUAGGACUGCAAUUUUCAGCAGUUAAAAUAUCAAAAAAGAACGAAGCUGCUUCGAACGAUGAUAAUUCGGUGUCGAACGACUGAGGAUUUUCCGCGUAUUUUUUUCUGUUUCGGUUCAAAUUUACAAUUUUUUUUCCUUAUUUCUAAGAUAGUUGUACAUAACAUUUUUCCAUCAUUCGCGGCUUUCAAUAUUAGUACUAUUUUAUAAAUAUUUUAUUGCGAAAUGAUUAUCUGAUGAAAUCCUCACGUUACAGGCGCUGGAUUGAGCAACAACAUUUUUGCCAAAACAAAAUAGCCGUGUUACAUUUAAUUUGGACGGACGACUGUACGCAUUUUUUUCAAAUCGUACCGAUAUUAUGUAUAUAGAUAUAUAUAUAUAUAUAUAUAUAUAAUUUUAUGUUACUAAAUAUAAUGAAAUAACAUAUUCGCUGAAGAUAUAUAUUUUAUAAACGGAAUACUCGGUGAAAUCAAACCGGCUCUUCAUCGAGAUACAGUAAAAAUUAAACAAUACUGAUUAAUUGCA